UUACAAAUAAAAUGUAGAAACCAUCCAAAAAUAACAAGUAAAUACAACUAAACCAAAUAAUAAUGAUGUCUUAAUCAUGAAAAUUGCACAGUUUCUUAAAAUCUAAUACAAAAAAUAUUUAAUUUUCAUUAUGGAGGAAAUAGAUUAUGACGAAUACUGCGACCCAGCCAACCCCAGGAAAAUAAAAUAUGAUGACAUACUAGCGGCGUCACGUCGUAUCGUGGGGGCCGUCGUCCGGACCCCCUGCACGAAAGCAAACAUGUCGGAAAAACUGGGCAUGGACCUGUAUCUUAAACAAGAAUUUAUGCACUACACGGGAUGCUUCAAAGAGCGUGGCGUACGCAACGCUUUGUCCAUGCUAUCCGACGACCAAAAGAGGUACGGCGUGGUUACUUCCACGACCGGUAACCAUGGCAUAGCCAUGAGCUACCAUGCCUCCCAACUGGGCAUACCAUGCUGCGUCGUGGCGCCCACCCACACUCCGCUGAGCAAGAUGAACAGAUGUGAGAAACUCGGCGCCAAAGUCAUCCUUCAUGGGUCCAACUACGCGGACGCAACGCUACACGCAAUGACAAUUAGGAAAGAUAAGAGGAUGACAUAUAUUAAUGGAUACGACCACCCAAACGUAAUAGAAGGUCAAGGUACGGCGGGCAUAGAGAUCAUAGAACAAGUGCCGGCCGUGGACGCCAUCAUCGUGCCGUGCGGCGGCGGCAGCUUGCUGAGCGGCAUCGCCAUCGCCGCCAAGCAUUUGAAGCCCGACACGGAGAUAUACGGCGUUGAAACAGACAGGACGUGCAGUAUGGUGGAAGCGCUCAGAAAAAAUGAAAGAGUUCGACUAAACAUCGAUUCCACCAUAGCCGACAGCUUAGCAAUAAAUAUAGUCGGCGUCAACACAUUCCACAGUCUCAAGGGAUUGGUAGAUAAAAUGGUAGUAGUAAAAGAAGAUUGGGUAGCUCGAGCCAUAAUGCACAUAGUGGAAGAAGAACGAUUUGUUGUAGAAGGUGGCGGUGCAGUAGCUAUUGCUGCUAUUAUGGCGGGACUGUUUCCUAAUCUUAAAGGCAAAAAGGUGGUGUGUCUAUUAUCGGGUGGCAAUAUAGAGACUACGAUCUUAGCUCGGGCCCUGGAGCGCGGUAUGGCGGCUGAGGGUAGACUUGUAAAGUUCAAGGUUACCGUGAGCGACAAGCCGGGGGGUAUGGCGGAAUUGUGCAGCUACCUGGCGGGAAUUGGCGUCAUGUUGCGAGACUGUGUGCCAGAGAGAGCCUGGGUCAAGGGUGAUGUUUUUAGUGUCGAGAUGAAAGUAAUAGUCGAAACCAGAGGCUGGGACCACACGAAAGAGUUGAUCGAGCUAAUAAAGAAACACUACAAGGAAUACUUCUUCCAAGACAUGCGUGACAAUGCAGAUAAGAACAUGAGCGCGCGUCGCGGGCCCUGCCUCGCGCCCAACCCCGUCUGCAUGCAGAAAUAAACAUUUGACUAUAAAUUUUACUGCAAAUAAUACACCCAUAAAAUAAUAGAUACUAUAUAAUAA